UUUUUUGAAUGACACAAGUUACUACUAUAUCAACGGAAUUGUUCAAAGACUAGAUAGAUGUGCUUUGAAUAGCGGUAUUUUAACUUUACUGAGCGAUAAUGAACUGACAUUUCCCACAGGUUUCGCUUUUGUCAUGGCGAGAUGUGAAAAUGAAUGGGGCAUAUACAAGAAAAAAACGGUCAACUAUCCAUUGAGUUUGAGCAAAAAUGCUGAUGCGGUAUUCGUAUCCACAGGCGAGAUCUAUUUGGCGAUCUUGUCGCAAAGGUUUGUCCGACAAAGCGACACCAGAUUGUCUGGUGGGGUUGGUCAAUAAGAAACAAACUACCGUACAUGGUCCCAAGUCGUUUUUUCUGUGGGUUCAUGGUCAACGAUCUUUGAGUCUCUAUGAUACGAGUUUUUUGAGAAAUGGUUGGUGGGGAUGGGGUUGUCGGUGCUCGUUGGCUAGUCGCGCAAAAGGCAAGUCUGAGCGCACUCUCGCAUCCAACUAUAGAGGCGUUAAUAGCCUGUUGAUGGGGUGACCAUUUGCAAAUCGUGGUUUGCACAAGUAGGUAGUAUCGUAGAGGUUUCUG